AUAUUUUAAUACCUGUGACGAUAAAUACGUCUCACCCCUAUGACGGAAUAAUUUUAAAUUUUUAAAUAUCCUGUAUUCUGUAGGUACCUCCCUAUUUUGUAUCCUUUAAAAAUACUUUGUCCAAUACUAAUAAAUUUGCCUAACAAGACCCGUAAAAAGUGGAUUUAUUAAAACAGUAAAAUGAGUCGUAUUUUUUUAUCUUCAAUGGAAUUGUCAAUUAAUCCUUAGGUGCCUUUGGCAUGUUGUGUUAUCACAGCAAAAGUGUAAAAUUUUGUUUUAUUUAUCCCAAAAGUCCCGUAGAUGUUAAUAAUGCGUACAUAUUCUCGCAAACCAGUGCAGCAUAAGAACUACAAUGGUCUACUGGACUUAUGUCGCUUGUGUCUACAGAAAGUUUCUAAACCAGUGCCACUAUUUGAUGAGCGAAUAGAUAAUAAUGUAUCAUUAUUGCCUGCAAGGAUAAUGAUAUGUCUUGGUUUGGAGUUACAGCUAAAUAUUAGAGAAAAUGUUGCAGAUCACCAGGGAUGAAAAUUUACCUAACAUGAUAUGUUCUCAGUGCUACCAAGAUCUAGAUAAUUAUUAUAGUUUUAAGACAAAAUGUCUUUUGUCUAAUGAGAAACUCCAUGCAUAUGUACUAGCUACUAGGGAUAUAGAAAAUAGGAAAGAAGAUUUAGAAUUAAAGAUAAGUAAUAUUUGUAGUUUGCAAUGUACUUUACCAGAGCUCGACGGGGAGAGUGGUUCCAAUGAGUUAGACGAUGAUGACAUCGUUUUAGCCUUAACUGACGAAGAUGCUUUGGAAGUUAUUAACAUAUUUAGGCAAACAACAGCCUGUUCCGGGGAUGAAGAAGAUGAGGAAGAUGAAAGAGUUCAAAGUGUAUCAACAUCAUAUCACAUUAAUGAAAGCUUAGACUUUCUCAACUCAGCUUCGGAAUCACCACCUCCCAUACCAGAGGACAUACCAGGAUAUCUUUCCACGAUUUUAGUACAACUUGGUGUUUUUAUAAAGAAAGAUGAACAAAUAAAAGUGAUAGAUAAAUCAUUCCGCAAUGUGCAACUGGAUACAGAAGAGGGAUCUGUGACGUUGGAGAUUGUAGAAGUUGAACAUCCUCCACCAAAACAGGGGUUACAAGAUUUCCUAGACAGAGAAAUAGAGGAUGACAGUGAUAUUAAUUUUGUAUACAAUGCCAACCCUGGCAUUAGGGACACUAUAAGCUGUGAGACUUGUGGCAAGCAGUUCAGCCGGCGUGGUGCGCUAGUGCGGCACGAGCGAGUACAUUCCGGGGCGAAGCCCUUCGUGUGCCGGAUCUGCCAGCGAGCCUUCUCUCAGAAGGAGGUCUUGCGAAGGCACGAGCACACACAUAAAGCUCAAAGGCCGCACGCGUGCUCCGCCUGCGACAAGAGCUUCGCGCAACCCGCGUCGCUGCGGGCUCACCGGCAGACGGCGCACGCCACACAGCCUCGCCCACUUCUGCUGCACCCCUGUAACAUCUGCAGCAAGGUGUACCUGCACGCCUCGGGUCUGUGCCGCCACAUGUGGACGCAUGAGGGCCGCUUAUUCUCGUGUGCUGACUGUGGUAAGUCCUUCCGGGACAAGAGCUCGCUGCUGCGACACAUCAAGACGGUCGGCGCACACAAUCACACCAAUACGGAUCAGCAGUUGAAGACAGAACCGCGCGACAACGCGCUCGAUACCUAGCCUUAUGUCUAGACAAAUAGUUGAAUAUGGGGAAAUAAUUCAUAUAUUUGUCAUAAAGAAAAAUCUUAUAAUUCCUUUAAGUUCGACAAUAACCUGAUGGAAUUGAUAUUUGAGCCAUUGUUGAGAGGCAUGGCCACUUUGAACUCAAACACCGCUGAAGAAACUUGAGUUGUUCAGGCUGGUUGAUCUGGGGGUAGUUUUUGAGUGAUGAAGAAUUAUAAAAUUGUAGGCAGGAAUUAGAGGAAAGGCUCGUAAUAGUGCCUGUAGGUAAACAUACGAUGCGGAAGACGCAUAUCGGUGCCAUGAACGGAGCCUUGGAGGUUAUAAUCCAAGCUGACGUUAAAGUUACUUCUGCACCAGAUUAGAUGGGGCAUAUAGUCUUCAUUCUUCUAGUACUUUGUAAGUAGUUAUCCAUAAGCGAGGCAACACUUGUGUCAGACAAUGGGGCAUCGGUUUCAUCUCGGGCAGGGACUGUUUGACAUUUGUAUGUCAACUUAUGUCUUCAUCGGAUACCUGCCACAUGCACCUACCUAAUACGCGACUCACAGUUCCCCUAACCCCGAUGCAAAAAUUAAACGUAUUUAUUUACGUACUAUAUUCGCUGUGCUUAAAUAACUCUACUCUUGCAGAUAUUUAAUGUUGUGAUUAUUGAAUGUUAAUUAAGAUUUAAAAAAAAUGUUGUUCGUAAAGUGAUUUAUUUAUUUCAGUCUUCGUGGCUCUAUUAUAGCUUUAUUGAAAUUAUAUUGGUGAUUUUACAAACGAGACAUACUUGUGUAGCUCAUAGAGUCUAGAUCUAUCUACUCUUGCUGUCCGCAGCAGUCGUUCUACGAUCUCAUUGGUGGGUUGUGUGCUGGACAGCGAUACAGCCACGUCGGAUGGGUUUGACACGCCACUUAAGUAGUUUACGAGAUGCUUAAUCAUGUUAUGUAGAAUGUAGAAUGUUUCUGAGUUAUACUGUUUGAAUAAAUGUGAAUCAAUCUUAA